AGUUAUGCCUCCUGAGAUCAUGCGGACUUGCUCCACACUCGAAGAACAAUUCAUCUAGGCGAUCAAAUAAGGUGAAAUUUAGUUGCCGUUGUGAAAGUCCGCCUCAAUCAGGAAGCUUCGACGCGCCAAGACCGGAGUAAUCGCGGGAGCUUCACCUUCGUCACCGUUGCUGCCUCCCAAACAGCUUCACAUCAACACCCCACCAACCCGACUUCUCCGCCAGCGAUACCUUCCCCGGUCACUAUCACGUCGCGCCUCUCAUCAGGACGUAGUCUCCGCCUCAUUCCACUCAACGUCAACCCCGCCCAACGCCGCCACCAUGUCCACACUUGAGGAUCUCGACGAUCUUGAGCGCCACGAGAAGGAAGAGAAGAAGGACGAGGACAAGAAGAAGGAUGGCGAUGCCGGUAAGGACGGAAAGAAGGCCGACGGCGACGCAGAAAUGGAGGAUGCCGAGCCAGGGGAGGAGCCACUCGACGAGGAGAUCCUCAACUCAAGCACACGAGACAUUGUCGCGCGGAGACGGUUACUGGAAAACGACAUGCGCAUCAUGAAGAGCGAGUUCCAGAGGCUCACACACGAGAAGGCGGCGAUGAACGAGAAGAUCAAGGACAACCUGGAGAAGAUCGAGAACAACAGACAACUGCCGUACCUGGUCGGGAAUGUCGUCGAGAUUCUAGACCUGGAUGUCGAGGCAGAGGCCAAGGAGGAGGGCGCAAACAUCGACUUGGACGCCACCCGCGUGGGCAAGUCGGCGGUCAUCAAGACGUCCACGAGACAAACCAUCUUCCUGCCCCUCAUCGGUCUGGUAGACCACGAGAAGCUUAAGCCUGGUGACUUGAUCGGUGUGAAUAAGGAUUCGUACCUGGUUCUCGACACACUCCCCGCCGAGUACGACAGUCGAGUGAAGGCCAUGGAGGUCGACGAGAAGCCGACGGAGAAGUACACAGAUGUCGGUGGACUGGACAAGCAGAUCGAGGAGCUGGUCGAGGCUGUUGUCUGGCCCAUGAAGGAGGCCGAGAGGUUCAAGAAGAUCGGCAUCAAGGCGCCAAAGGGUGCACUGAUGUACGGUCCUCCCGGUACCGGCAAGACCCUCCUCGCCCGCGCCUGCGCCGCGCAGACCGACGCGACCUUCCUCAAGCUUGCAGGCCCACAACUGGUGCAGAUGUUCAUAGGGGACGGAGCCAAACUGGUUCGCGACUGCUUCGCCCUCGCCAAGGAGAAGGCGCCCUCCAUCAUCUUCAUUGACGAGCUCGACGCCGUAGGCACAAAACGUUUUGAUUCCGAAAAGUCUGGUGACCGCGAAGUCCAGCGAACCAUGUUGGAGCUUCUCAACCAGCUCGACGGUUUCGCAUCCGACGAUCGCGUCAAGGUCCUCGCCGCCACCAACCGUGUCGAUGUCCUCGACCCCGCUCUUCUCCGUUCCGGUCGUCUGGAUAGGAAGAUCGAGUUCCCGCUGCCGAACGAGGAGGCCCGCGCCCAGAUCAUGCGCAUCCACUCGCGAAAGAUGACCGUCGAUGAGGGUGUCAACUGGCAGGAGUUGGCGCGCAGUACCGAUGAGUUCGGCGGUGCGCAGCUCAAGGCUGUCUGUGUCGAGGCUGGUAUGAUUGCUCUGCGACUUGGGCAGCAGAAGAUCAGCCACGAGCACUACGUCGAUGCUAUUGCCGAAGUGCAGGCUAAGAAGAAGGAUACCGUCAACUUCUACGCCUAGAUGUGGAUGUUGAAAUGCAUGGUUGGGGGGCUUGUGCACGCUGUCAGCGGCGCUUGUACUACAAGAUAGAGUUCGUCACGACACCAAUUCUAAUGACAUGGAUCGAAGGACCCUCAGUGCUUGCGUAGUCGUACUGACCGUGCUGUAGAUGCUAAAAUUAACCAAGCCAGAUCUUGUUUGUCUAUGAGAUUGCUUUUGAUUUCUGAAUAUUGUUGAUACAGAUAUAGAC